CCUAUCGGGAACUAAUGCAAGAUACCUAUGGUUACACUACCGAUAGGAAAAAAACUGCGGGGGACGGGAAGAUAAAUUAGAAGUAUGACGUUACGCUCCUGCAUAUAAAUACUACUUCGCCUGUUCCUGAAAGCAAACGGAAAUUUAAAUAUGCAGGAAGCAGACAACCAGGGGCAGGUACCUAGGUAAUUGAUUGAUAACAUAUAAAGAGGUACCUAAGGUAGUUUUUUUCUUCUUCUUCUUGGAAAAUGCCACCUCCAAAAACGUUACAGGCUUUUUUGGCUACAGCUCGAGCUGCUUUAACGGCUCCUCCAUCCAAAGGCCCGAAGCCGUUGCACUUCGUCGUGGGCAACGAAUCAGCUGAUCUCGACUCACUAUGCUCGGCGCUCUUCCUGGCUUACAUUAGAACGCACUCUCCGCCGCAUACUCUGCACAUCCCGCUCUGCCACCUCCCCCGCGACGACCUCUCGCUGCGGCCGGAAUUCGCCGCCGUGCUGAAAUACGCCGCCGUCACGCCCGACGACCUGCUGACGCUGUCCGAGCUGCCGCCCACCGGGGCCAAUGGCUUGGAGCCCGAGGACACCCACUGGCUGCUUGUCGACCACAACGUCAUGACGGGCGAGCUCGGCCGGAGAUUCGGGAAUAGGGUUGUCGGGUGCAUCGACCACCACGACGACGAGGGGAAGGUGCCGGCUGAUGCCACGCCCCGCGUUAUCGAAAAGUGCGGUAGCUGCAUGAGCUUGAUCGUGGAGCAAUGCGGCGAGGCGUGGGAGGCGCUGGCGAAGCGUGAGGACGACAGCAGUAGCAGCAGCAGCGGCAAUGUCAAUAGUAAUGGCAAUGUCAAUGGCAGUCAAGACGCUCUCCGGGUAAAUUCGCAGCUGGCGUAUCUCGCCCUCGCGCCGAUCCUCGUCGACACCCUGAACCUGGGUAACAAGGACAAGACGACGGCGCACGACGAGCGGGCCGUGGAAAUCGCGGAAGCCCAUGUGCGGGCGGGGUCCGAUGAGGGUGGUGAUGGUGGCGGAUACGACCGCGGGGCGUUCUUCGCCGAGGUGGAGGCCCUUAAGGAGGACGUCUCCUACAUGUCGUUCCGGGACAUCUUCCGCAAGGACUACAAGGAGUGGGACGUAGGGGGCGAAGGCGGCAGCGGCCUGAAGCUGGGCACGUCGUCGGCGCCGAUAUCGUUCGCGUCCCUGGCGCGCAAGGCGGGCGACGAGGGGAAGUUCGCCGAGGAGCUGCGGAGGUGGUGCGAAGAGAAGGACAUGGACGUCAUGGUGCUGCUGACGACGUCGAAGGACGGCGACGACGACGGCGGCAGCGGGGAGUUCAGACGGGAGCUGCUGGUAUGGGCGAGGGGUGGGGAGCGGGUUGUGGGUGCCGUGAAGGCGUUUGUGGAGAAUGGCGGGAAGGAGAAGUUGGGUUUGGACACGUGGGGAGAGGGGAAGUUAGAUUUGGAGGAUGACAAAGAUGGCUGGAGGCGCUGCUGGACGCAGGCGAAGGUCGAGUAUAGUCGGAAGCAGAUCGCGCCUAUGUUGAGAGAAGCGUUGAAGGGGGUUAAGAAGGGAUAGAGUAGAGAGAUAAUGGCGUGUUAAGAAGGAGGGGGUAGAAGUCUCGAAAAAGACAUGUAUUAGAAAGAUUAAUCAUUGGGGACGUAUGAGUUAGCAUUGGCAUUUUAUACCUUAGGUACCUAUCUAGAUUAGCUAUUUUAACCAUUGUGACUUCA